GAAGUAAAUUACAAACUAACACCUAACAAUGACGCAAGUGCAGAAAUGAGAUUUUUGGGCUACAAUUGUAAGAGGAAUUGGCAUGUAGAUUAUCAUGGAGAAGAAAAGUAAUGCGUUGGUCGUAGUUGCUAUCGACUUUGGCACAACUUAUUCCGGAUAUGCAUAUUCGUUCCGGGCCGAAUAUGAGAAAGACCACACUAAAGUGUAUAGUAACACUGAUUGGAGAUCUGGAGACGGGCUCGUCACACCCAAAACACCAACAGUCAUCCUUUUCACUGAAGAUAAAAAGUUUUGUAAAUUCGGAUACGAAGCUGAGCUGAAGUACAAUACUUUACUAGAAGACGAAGAGGCAGAAGGAUGGAGAUAUUUCAGAAGGUUUAAGAUGAGAUUGUUUAGAGGAGAGGAGAAAAUACUAGGACGUACAAGAGCCGACAGAAUAACAAAGAACUUGAUGAUAGAGGACGAACAAGGAAAACCGAUGUCAGCUCUGAGUGUAUUUGCUGAAUCUAUCCAGUAUCUAAAUAACCACUUCCUGGGGAAUGCGCAGGUGCAAGGUUUAGAUUUGGAUCCAAAUAAAGAUAUCCAUUGGGUGUUAACAGUCCCAGCAAUAUGGACAGAUAGGGCUAAACAGUUCAUGAGAGAAGCUGCAAAAAAGGCUGGUAUUCCAGAUGAAAUGUUGACCCUUGCUUAUGAACCAGAGGCUGCUGCUAUAUACUGUAAAGAACUUACUGUACAGAAAAAGGAAGGUGCAGAAUCAAGUUCAUUAUCAUCAUUCGAACCAGGACAACAAUUCCUUGUACUAGAUUGUGGAGGUGGAACAGUAGAUGUGACAGCCUACCAAGUUCAAAAUGAUGGCGAUCUUAGGGAACUUCAGCGACCCACUGGCGGACCAUGGGGUGGCACAUACGUUGAUAAUCAAUACACGACCUUCCUUAGGGAGCUUUUUGGAGAUGAUAUAUGGACCGAAUAUUCAAAAGAGAAUCCUGAAGAUGUUUUAGAAAUUCUGCGAAAGUUUGAAGCAAAAAAGAAAAGUGUUCAUGCCUCAGCUGAUGAUCAAACAACAAUAUCAUUUCCAAAUUCUCUUUUCGCGAAAUAUCAGAUUGCUAAGAAUAGUAUAUCUUUUGAAGAGACCCUUAAAAAAUCAAGAUUUGCAGGAACUGUAAAAGUGAAAAAGGACAAACUAAGGUUUGAUCACCAGCUUGUUAAAACAUUUUUCCGUAAGCCAAUAGAUUCCAUAGUAACUCAUGUUAAAGAAUUAAUUCAUGAAAGUAAACAGAAUGGAAGAGAUAUAAAGAUUAUUUUAAUGGUUGGUGGCUUUUCAGAUUCCUCUAUAUUAAGCCAACGAAUUAUAUCCGAAUUCAAACGGUUAACAGUGAUAUGCCCAAAAGAAGCUGUCAAUGCAAUCGUUAAAGGAGCAGUUAUUUUUGGCCAUAAUCCAAAUUUGAUUUCCGAGCGCAUUUCUCCUCUUACAUAUGGCAUAAGUGUGAACACAGCAUUUAACUAUAAAAUUCAUCCAGAGAAACUGAAGGUUGUAUACGAUGGAAAGGAGAUGUGCACUGACAUUUUCCAGCCUAUUGUACAAAUUGGACAUCCAAUUAGGGUCGGAAAGGAAAUUUUCAAGCAUACCUGUUUGCCUACCCGUGCACUCGAUACUGAAGCCACAAUUGAAAUUUAUGAAAGUAGCAGUGAGUGUCCGGUAUAUACUAUUGAUAAAGGAGUUCGCCGACUUGGUGACUUAACUGUGUCCAUUCCGGAUACAUCAAAAGGCAAAAACCGUCCUAUCAAAGUUGAGGUUUCAUUCGGGUAUACUGAAAUAAUAGUAUGUGCAUUUGAAGAAGGAACUGAAACUCAGGCUAGAGCAAUAUUUGAUUGUUUGCUCAAUUGACACAUCUUUUGCAGAAUGUGCAUGAAAUGUUUGCUGUUGGAUGUUCAGCGUACAACAAUUAAUCAAACAAUUGAAUCGACGGACAUCACCAUUGUAAACUGUGGUUGUUUAAUGUGAUGAAUAAAUUUAGGGUUUUAUAAUGA